UUUCUAAGCGACCCCGCCUCGCAAAUGCGGAUGUUAUCCAUAACCUUAGCCUUCCCGCAUCAAAAUUCUAGAACCUCAAAAACCUUACUUUAGACAAGAAUGUUUAGAUGUCCAUGUUACCAAAACAUGUUGACCAGCUUUAUUUCAACGCGGAAUGUAAGGUAGGAACAGCAAUGAUAUUUUAAAGUAGAUUGUUUUCGACGGACUUCUUAUCCCCAGCUCUCUUAACACAUCAGCAUCAACUCCACCCCGGACUUCGGACGACCACCUCGUGAUCCAAUUUCAUCUGCCAUCCAAUGAACCACCCUUACCAAUGCCCCUCCAACGCCCCGUCGCCGCAAUGUUAUGUACAGGAAGAACAGCGCCGUUUUUAACACGAAUUCCACCACCAUUCCUCCGCCCAUCAUUCAAAACUCGAUUCACUCUCUUCAGUGCAAGAAUGGCAUCAACACUACCGAAACUAGCCCUCUUCGAAGCUAUCUCUAGCCACGAUCCAAAAUCUACAUCAAUUAUACAUUCAGCAUCCGGGAGACGGUUCACAUAUGGUCAAUUACUACAUGAUGUAGCAGAAAGAAAAGACAAGCUCACAAACGAGGCUGGGCAAAAAGGAUUAGAGGGAGAAAGGAUUGCUUUUCUUGUAGAAAAUAGCUAUGAUUAUGUGGGUGCGCAACUCGAAAUAUCCAUAUUUUAAAAGAAUGUAGAUUAAGAUAAUGCAUAGUAACUUUACUCUCCAUAUUUGGGACACACUCUAUAGCUGUUCCACUGUCACCAGCAUUUCCUGCCCAUGAAUUACAAUACAUCUUGGAACAAAGUGAAGCUUCAAUACUAUUGUCUUCAACUAAAUUCGAGAGCAAGGCUCAAGAAGUGAUGAAUACUGGACUGGAGGCAAAACCUAAACAUGUUAAGCUGGAGAAGAAGCUGGAGAACUUGGAUUAUGGAAAAGUCACGUUGGAAGGGCCGUCGGGAGGUAGCGGGGGAAUGAUGUUGUACACAUCAGGGACAACCAAUAGACCAGUGAGCUUCCCCAGUGGCCCCAGCAUAUACACAUUUACUUACAGAAAUCUAGAAAGGUGUCCUGCUUCCCCAAUCCGUCUUGACAGCACAGUCAAAAUCUCUGGUCGAAGCUUGGGAUUACAAUCUACAAGAUCAUCUCCUUCACGUGCUUCCGCUCCACCACAUUCACGGCACCGUAAAUGCCAUUCUAGCCCCGCUAUUCACCGGUUCCACAAUCGAGUUUCUCUUCCCAUUCAACGUCACAGCCGUCUGGCAACGCUUCGCUGCCCCUUUUUUGCCAAAUCCCAAAACAAAAGAGCCCAUCACAUUCUUCACAGUUGUUCCUACCGUCUACAACCGUCUCCUAGCGACCCACAAAGACCUCCCUCCUGAUGUUCAAACCGCAGCAAAGGAAGCCAUCACCCCUCAAAACCUCCGCCUCAACAUUUCCGGCAGCGCGGCCCUUCCCACCCCGACCAAAAACGCCUGGUCCACCCUUUCCUCCAACAACAUUCUCCUCGAACGCUACGGCAUGACCGAAGUAGGCAUGGCUCUCUCCUGCGGUCUAUCCCCCACAGACCGCAUAGACGGUAGCGUAGGCUGGCCUCUACCCAGCGUUCAAGUCCGACUCGUGGACACGGAAACCAACGAAGUGAUCCACGCAGGCUCCGAAAUCGACGCCUACGGCAAAGAACGCGAUGGGGAGAUCCAACUCCGCGGCCCAACCAUCUUCAAAGAAUACUGGCGGAACCCAGAAGCGACCCUCAAAGAACACGUUGAAGAUGCCGAUGGUGGCGGUCGCUGGUUCAAAACGGGUGAUGUAGCCGUUCGUCGCUAUGUUGAUUCUGCCGGGAAAAGUAAUCAACAAUGGGCUCAAGGCCCCAUGUAUUUUAUCCGCGGUCGCAAAUCAGCUGAUAUCAUCAAAUCCGGAGGAGAAAAAGUAAGCGCGCUCGAAGUAGAACGGGAAAUGUUAUCACUGCCCCAGAUAUCAGAAUGCGCCGUCUGUGCCGUCCCAUCGGGAAACUGGGGUCAAAAAGUCGGAGCGGUCGUGGUCCUAAAUGACGAAUAUCUGCAGGGCAAGAAAUGGGGACCGCUGGAUAUGAGAAGAGCCCUUAGGGAACGAUUGGCGGCUUAUAAAAUCCCUCAGGUGAUGAGGCUUGUGGAAUCUAUUCCGAGGAAUGCCAUGGGGAAGAUUAAUAAAAAGGAACUAGUCAAGACCGUUUUUGUAGAUGAUGUUAGUGGAGAUGAGAUGUAGGGUUUUCUCUCUUCUUCUCUGUCUUCCUUUCUCUCUGUACGAUAUGAUAUGAUAUGAUAUAAUCGGACAGAGGGUUUAGAGUGCGGGAUGCGAUGUGAUGCGAUGCGACGUGUUAUAUCUAGAUAUACGACGGUUAGAUGAGCAAGACGACAGACGAAUAGGUAAAAAACAUCAUGGCUCUUUUUUUUAAUUAAAAAAAAAAGGUAAUUCACACGUAACACACCCAGCGUAAAUAAAAUG